CGGCUGUCAUACGCUGAACAUAAACAUAGCAUUUGUUUUUCAUUAUACACACGGUUGAUACCGACCAAGAAAACAUAUUCAUACAAAAAAUACUGAACAUCCAAACAAUAAUGUCAAAUGCUAAACGACCAAAGACAAUCGAUGUGAGCGAGAUGGAACUCAUGACAAUCAAUCAAUUGCUAAAUCUGAUUGAUAUAAAUUUAAACAACCGAAUGGGUCGGAUAGCUGCCAAAGUGUACGGCCAAAAAUAUGGUGACAUGACAGUGUGUUUGAGUAUGCAAGAAGUACCCAUCAAAAAAGUUCCAGUAGACUUGAAAGUGGCUGUAAAGAUUCGUGAUGACAAUGCGGUUGAUUUUCGUGUCAUACCACUUGAUGCAUGUCAUUGCAAUGACGCAGUACAAUUUAUUCGCAAAAUUGGACAUAUGUUGACGCGCAUUGAGAUAAACUAUUCAAUAAAAGAGAAAACGACCGAUGCUCGACGCUGGAGAGCCAUCGAACGAUUGAUAAUGGAUAAAUGCAGUGCACUGUUGCAUUUAACGUUAGAGCAAAGCAAUGGCGAUGCAUUUUUUAAGCUUCGAAAACAAUUUCAAAAGUGUGAAAGUCUUUGGCUUGAAAAUUGUUUGAUCACCUCGAACAUCGCUGAUAUCACCAGCCUCUUUCCAAAUGUCUGUCAAUUGAUUGUUGACCAACGUGGAUUCGGUGACCAUCAACACUUUCACAACAGUUCAAUCGUAUCACAGACAAUCAUUGCGGCGGCCAAACGACUUAACGGCCUCAAAUGUCAACAUUUUAUGUAUUCAAAUCCACAGUUAGAAAAUUUACUCCACCAUUAUGGCAGUGUAAAGGAAAAUGUGAUGCAUUUUUUGGACGUUGCCAAUAAGAAUAUGCCACGAUUAGAACAUAUAGAACUAUACGACCUGGACAUGUCCAAUGCAAUCGAUGUCAUUCAUUUUCAGCAUGUUCGAUAUGUCGUUAUUCGUCUGCAUGAAACGAAACCAGUCGAAAGCAUCCCGUUGUCAUUCCCCGCUGUUGAAACCCUGGAAAUUUAUGGAGACAUCGAGUCCAAAGUGGCCGUCAUGAACUUUGUAGUCGACGCAAAAACACUGGUUGGACUGGAUUUUAAUCUUGGCCGGCUGUAUGGUGAUAUCGACGUUGAAUUACAACAAUUUGCUAACAAACUUGAACAUUUGGAAGAAAUCAUCAUUACGGAAUAUGAUAGAGCUAUCAAUAUGGAUAUUUUGAAAGAAUGCAUCGUGAAAUGCAAGACGUUACGUAAGCUAAACAUUCGAUUUCCGUAUGGGAAUGUUGAAAGGCGCAAUGCACUGGCUGACGAACUCUCUCGAGAAAUACCGAAUUGGAAGGUCGACAAAUGGUGUUCACCAUGCAAACCGUGUGGCUUUCGCAUCGAUCUCAUCCUCCACAAAAUUGAAGUGACAUUUGGAAAUGACAACCAAGAAUGAUGAUUACGAUUGGUUUUUAAAGAGCUAUACAUUUUGAAUGUUAAAUACUCAUGCAAUAUGAUUUUAAUUUAUGCCUUCAUCAUACAAUGAUUUUUGGAUAGGAUAGAUUCGUAAGAUCUCCGCAAGAUCCGGAUCCGAACGUGCGUACGUAGCCGCAUGAUAUAUACAUUCGUUAUUCCGUAUUGCUAUGGCAUGCGAAUCAAAGUAGGCGAAAUAAGAAGAACGAAUUUGCAUGCAUCAUUAUCAUUUGGUAUGCAUCAUGCGGCAGCGUACGCAUGCUUGGAUCCGGAUCUUGCGGAGAUCUUAUGAAUCUAUCCUAUCCAAAAAUCAUUGUAUGGCCUUCAU